AUGCGAUCCACUAAAGAAGUGCAGUGGUUCGCAUGGGGUCAAGGAGCCGUGAUGCAAGGGGCCAAUAUUUUCGUCGUCUAUGCGAAUGAGACCGACAUCACCGUCUCGCCGCGGUUGGGAGUCGAGCACGUUGAGCCUCUGUACAACCCGCAAGCUCGAUUCUCGAUCCUCAAUGGUAGUGGAAUCAGCAAUGGAACCUUCACGGCGAACAUACGGUGCGAUAGCUGUAUCACCUGGCCAGGGGGCCACGAGGAUGUGACAAGCACAUCAAGCCCGUGGAUAUGGGCCGUGAAACACGGUCCCAUGCUAGAUUCAGACAGCGUCUCUGCGACUAUCACUCUCCAUGACCUCUCAGGUGUUGCCACCGUCAACAUGAAGCAGGCAACCGGUGGCAGCUCCGAGAAUCCGUUUCUCCGUGGAUCGAUGGCGUCGAAUUCCAGCUCCGCGCAGGCCGUCCAGACCGUCAACUCGGAAUCCGUCAGGAAGAAAAGAAUCGCACACGCCGUCCUCAUGAUAGUCGCUUUUGCUCUCCUCUUCCCCCUAAUCGCCCUAGGAAUCCCUCUUUUCCCGUCCUCCAGGACAGUGGUCAUCCACGCCUCGCUGCAGCUCUGCACCCUCGCGCUGGUAAUCGCGGGGUUCGGCCUCGGCAUCUCAAUGGCCAAAAGCCUAGAUCUCGUCGGCUCCUACCAUCCCAUUAUUGGCAUUGUAGUUGUUGCAUCCCUAAUCCUGUUCCAGCCAGCGAUAGGUCUCGUCCAGCAUUGGUAUUUCCGCCGAACGGGGAAGAAGAGUAUCGCCGCCUAUGUACAUCGGUGGCUUGGUCGUACGGCUAUCACUCUGGGGAUUAUCAAUGCGGGGCUUGGAUUUCGUCUCACGGGCAUUGGGACUUCUGUGGCUCCUACUGGGGCGGUGAUUGCUUAUGGCGUGGUUGCUGGGCUCGUCUGGGUGGGUUAUGUGUUGACGGUUAGCUUCCUCUCGUACAGGAAGCGUCACUCGCGAACUUAG